AUGGUACUAAACAAUGAAAUUGCCAAGUAUGGUUGUGAUUUAAGAGGAGGUUUCUCCAGCUUCGCUGUAUAUUCCAAAGGACUUACUGAAAGUAUGAUUAUAGGGAAUUCACUUAGUUCACUCCUAAGGGUUGUUUCUGUAGCAGGAGCCACCCCAGGACAAUAUUAUGAGAAAAUAUAUGAUUCACCAAUUUAUGCAAGAGUAUUACCAAAAGAAGUUAAUGAGAUUGAGAUUGAACUGAGAACAAUGGAUAAUGGUCGACCUGUACCAUUUGAAUUCGGUACAGUGCUCCUGGUCCUAAUAUUUAAGAAGGUGAUAAAUUUCUGA